GGCGAUUUUAGUUGAACGCAAAUUGUUUGUUUUGAUUUUUGAGAUGAAUUUAAAUCCCGAAAUUUUGCAAAUUGGCAUAGAAAUAGUGAGCGCAGCAAUAAUAAAAGAGUUGCUUACGAACCUAAAAAGAAAAUGCAAAAGAAAGAAACGCAAAUGGAUCGGCCGCCGUGAAGCCCUAGGUGCAUCUAGCAAUUUGUAUAGGGAAUUGGAGCACGAAGAUGCGGAUUUUUUCAAAUUAUGCUUACGCAUGACAACUCAACAAUUUGACUUUUUAUUGGAAAAAGUGGCCCCACUAAUUCAAAAGCAGGACACUAUUAUGCGUGAGGCUCUAACGCCAAGAAUUAAAUUGUUAAUGGCCUUAAAGUUCUUGGCUACAGGCGACAAUUAUUUGAGCCUCUCUGAGGCUUUUAGGGUAUCCAGGAGCUCUAUAUGUGUGCUACUGAAGGACGUUCUGGAUGCGAUAUAUGAAGUUUUGGAAGAAUAUAUCCAGGUUCCUAGUACAAUAGAACAAUGGUCAAAAGUACAACAAGAUUUUAAAAAUAACUGGCAGUUCCCCUUCUGUUGCGGCGCUCUCGACGGGAAGCACGUAGUGAUUGAGAAUCCACCGCAUGGAUCAUGGGAUUUUUACAACUACAAAGGCACUUACAGCGUUGUGUUAUUUGCCAUCGUCGAUGCACAUUACCGCUUUUUGUACAUAGAUGUCGGUACAAAUGGCCGUAUGAAUGAUGCAAGCAUUUUUAAAAAAUCUAAAUUUUGUAAAUCGCUUCAAGAAGAUGAGUUGGGUUUACCAAAUAAAGGGGUUUUUAUUGGUGAUGAUGCCUUCCCUUUAACAACCAGAAUUUUGAAGCCUUAUUCCAGGCAUGACGCACUUUCUCGCAAGGAGAAAAUUUUUCAUUAUAGACUGUCGCGAGCUAGGCGUAUUGUGGAAAACGCGUUGGCAUAAUGGCGUCUCGCUUCAGGAUAUUUCGAAAGCCCAUAUCGGUGUCACUAGAUAAAACGGACUCCAUUAUAAAAACGGCAUGCGUUCUUCAUAACUGGCUUCGAACAAGUAAUAUGAGUGCAGCUGGUUUAGUCGAUGAAGAAGACACAACCACUGGAACAAUUCGCCAAGGAAGUUGGAGGCGCAUUCCAUCAGGUGCCUUACUAGAAGUGAACACGCAACUUUGUUCGAAUAACUACACCAAAAAUGCAAAGGAGCUGCGCGACAAGUUCGCAAAUUAUUUUGUCGGCUCUGGAGCAGUUGCUUGGCAGGA